CGAAGAUUCGAGUUUGUUUUUGUUUGUAUACCUACCUAGAAUAAGAUAUUGGGGAAUAGAAUGAUUGUACCUUGUAUUUUUACAUAAAUAAAUUACAAAUUUAGUUCUAACAAUAAUAACUAAUUCUACGUAAAUGUAUUAUUUAAAGGAUCUCACCAUUUUCGCUUGUCUCUUGAUUCUUCACAUUGAAAAGACUUUUGCCGAUUAUUGCGAAUUUGGCACCUGCGACGAAAACACGGAAUACUGUUGUGGAGAUAAUACUUGUUGCAAGAAAACCAUUGAGGUUUGGUAUUACUGGGCUCUAGUACUAUUAAUAGUUAUCGUCAUUACCAUAGCUGCAUGUUUCUACUUGAAGAAAUUUAAAAGUAAAUAUAAAUACAGUAACUAUAGUAUAUUACCACAACAGGUUGAGGAAGUUACUGCCACCCCCACAUAGAUCUGGAUAUUUUUAAUCAUGUUAUACUUACUUGUGAUAAAUAAGGAAAAACUUGGAACAUAAUGAAGUUAUACACAUAGACAUAUCCUAUGAGGAAGUAUCAAAUACUUACUGGGAAAAAUGUAUAAAAACUAAAUCACACAGUUUAGCAUCACUCACAUUCUUAUUUUUGCUCUCCAAUGCUAUGUAUCUACUGUACCUACAUUUAUCAGUAAUUUUUAAUGUAAUAUAAGGUAGCAUUACAAAUAGGUACUUUCUGUGCAGUAAAUUAACAUAAGUUUAUUUACAAGUAAGAUGAAGACAGAGUCUCCAUCUAUUUUCUGAUCAGCACACUAAAAAUUGCAACUCUGUCUUCAUCUUACUUGUAUCAAACCCAGUUCCGGGAUGGAACCAAAAAUGGGUUGUGUUUUCUCUCUGCGGGACCUAACCGUGCUAAUGAGCUGUGAUACAGCGAAACGCGUCCACAGAUGGUCCGGCAGAGAGAAAACACUUCUCAAUCGGUCCUUAAUUGGGCCAUUACCUAAUUAAAAAUAAGUUUAUUUUGUAUUUAUUAAUUUCAAAUGAUCUUUUUAUUUUAUAUACAUACCUCAAUGUCUUCUAGUCAGAUAUAAGAACACUAUCUAUAUCUAUGUUUGUUUUAUAUUUCUAUUUUAUUAUAUUAUGUUGAUAUAUUUAAUUUUGUAGAUUUUUAUAUUUAUUAUUUUAAAGGUUUUAUUUAUAAUGAAAUUAAACAUUUACAACAAAAAACGUCUAUUAACUUUAGGGAAGAUAAACUUGUUAAUAGAAUGGUUAUUGUUUAAUCCUUUUCCAUUUUUUUUUUACGGGACAUCCACAAAAAUAAAAUCCAUUUGCUUAUAUUUCUAAAGGCUAGAGUGAGUGAGGGCUAGAGUUAAGUUUUGGUUUCACAUUUUUACCAUAACAAGCU